AGUAGAACAAGAGGAAGAGCAACUCACAACCACCGUGAAAACGGUAAAGCUGCCUGCAUCAUCCGUUGACCAAGACGAGAUUGACCAGAUAGACCGGAGGAGAAAAAUGGCGUUCACAUUCGCGGCCUUUUGCUACAUGCUUGCAUUGCUGCUCACAGCAGCUCUUAUCUUUUUCGCUAUCUGGCACAUAAUAGCUUUUGAUGAGCUGAAGACUGACUACAAGAAUCCUAUAGAUCAGUGUAACACAUUAAACCCGACAAUUGAUGAGGUCAAAAAGAUUAAAAGGGUCAAAAUUGCAUUAAAGCUGGUGCUUCCAGAGUAUCUCAUCCAUUUCUUCUUCUGUGUGAUGUUCCUUUGUGCGACUGAGUGGCUCACGCUCACACUCAACUUGCCGCUGCUGGCUUAUCAUGUCUGGAGGUAUACGAGCAGACCAGUGAUGAGCGGUCCUGGACUCUAUGACCCAACCACCAUCAUGAAUGCUGACAUCCUAGCCUACUGUCAGAAGGAAGGCUGGUGCAAACUGGCUUUCUACCUCCUGUCAUUCUUUUACUAUCUUUAUGGGAUGAUCUACGUUCUGGUGAGCUCCUAAACAUGAACCUCCACUCCGAGACCUGACACUGAUCCAGGUGCUGGACCUGCUGGAGACCACCACCACGCUAAACACAGAGCAGAGUCAUUUCUGAAGCAUUAAUCUCCACCUGGUCGCAGCGUUCCUCACAUAGCUCUACUGUUUCAACACCUCACAGAGGACAAGUCUGAGUAGACGCAUUUAUUUUUUAUAAUGAAUUAAAAGGUUCUUUUGUCAUGGUGGUUUCCAGAUUAGGUCGGUUUUCUGGUGUUUUUUUCUGUGAGAAUCUGAGCUUUUCCCGUGUUCGCCCGCAAACACCAACUCAACGUUUUUAAACAGGCGGUGCACCGACAAGUGAGGUGCGGUUUUUAAGUUUUCAUACUUGUGUAAUCUGUAAUCCAUCCCACUGGCAGCAUCUCUCUGUGAGGAUCCAGAGAACACCACCUUGUGUUUGUAGAGUAGCUGUUCAGGUGUGGAGGAGAAAGGUAAAUUCAACAUUUCUGAGGCUUUAGUAGUGAGCGGUAGUGUUGAAUGUACCUUAGAAAUUCUAAUUUCGACCCAAAAUAUUCCACGCUGUCAGACUGGUUUUAUCUUAUUUCUCCCAUCAAACCGAGCGCUCCCCGCUUCACUCACCCUCUGAGAUCUGAAAGGUUGUUUUCCAUUUCUCUUAGUCGGGUAUUUAUUGUUGCUGACGUGUGAAACGAUCAGGGAAGAUUAUUAUUUUACAUGUUUGUGUGUAGGAACCCAUCACGCCACAGCUAGAAGAUUUGAGUCUAAAUAAAACGAUCCCACUCCAAA